AUGAGUACAGGAUUGCUCCGAUCGCUCGGUACUGAGUAUACUGCUCGUGCCGAGUAUACUGCUCGUGUCGAGUAUACUGCUCGUGCUGAGUAUACUGACCGUACCGAGUAUACUGAGCGUACCGAGUACACUGCUCGUACUGAGUAUACUGCUCCGUGCCGAGUAUACUGACCGUGCCGAGUAUCGCCGAUGCGGUCCACUGCCCGGGUCGCUUGAGUUGCUCAACUGAGAGUGAUGAUCAUACUGAGUAUCGCCGACGCGGCCCACUGCUCGGGUCGAUCGAUACUACAGUUCUUCGGCUUCUCUCGUAUCGUUGCGUAGUCCUGUUCGUUCAGUGUUGUUGCGGGUUGCCCUU